UGUGCAACGCGUGUCUGCCAUAUGUCAUGUGUUUCGCACAGCCUCGUUUGUUUCUUCGCGAAGAUACAUCAUAGAAAUUUUCUUUCCGCGAUGAUCACGAGAAGUAGCUCAAUCGCCGAUAUCUUAGACGGCAUUAUUUCGAAAAUUGAGGUGGAGCUGGAGAAAAACUCGCCAUCACGCGCAGGCCAAUCGAGGUUCCAGGAUGUCGCGGUGUCUGAUAUGAAGAGGUUACUAUCAACGGAUUCAACGGAAGACGCAAACUGUCGCAUUUGUUACGACCCCAAUCAAGAAUUACCUGUUGUGUAUCCGUGCAGAUGCAAGGGAACGAUGGGCGCGAUCCAUCUGAAGUGCUUGGAACGAUGGCUGGAAGAGGGCAACAGGAACAGUUGCGAACUGUGCGGCCAGGAGUUCCGGGUGGAGCGCACACCUCGUUACAAAGUCCUGCACUCCAUCUUGAUCUGGCUCUGUUUGAACGAGGACCAGUACGACCUGUACGUCCACAGCGAGCAGGCAGACCUGCUCAGAUGCCUGAUCAUCGCCCCCGUCACCGUCGCGUGCACUUACAUGUGCGUGGUGGCGACGGACUUUUACGCCUCGAAUAACUACGACAACUUCCCGCCCGCGCGAUGGACCACCUACUCCCUGCUGUCGAUGGUGGCGUUCCUGAUUCUGUCCUACUUCGUCUGGACCUACAUGUCGUUGCAGGACCAUCAGAAGGCGUGGUUCCACUGGUGGCAGAAGAACAGCAGCGUGAGAAUCAUCGGCUCGUAUGACGACGCUUCAGUCAGCAACAAGCGCGCCUUGUCGGAAGUUUAACGACGAACG